AUGCCUAAGUCUAACCUAUGGAAGCCAUUGCUCAUAACGUUGAGUUCAUUCUUAUAUGGCUUAUUUCUUAUCACUCUUGGCCUGAUUGAACUAUUCAACCGCAAAAUAAGCCCAUUGUUCACUGUCACAACUCUUUGGUUCGGCUUCCUAUCCAUUCUCGCAGCCGCUGGUGCGCAAAUAGGCCUGUUUUCCAAGGACUACCUAACCAUCACAAGUUCUGUCGUACUUAUCACGCUGGAGAAUCUGUUCAUAUUCAUUACCUCCAUCAUAUCACUGUUCGACGUAAUCUACAACUAUCGCUUUUACAUGAGACACAGAGCACACUAUGUAUUUGUUGCACUUGAAAAGUACAGGUGGUUUGGCAUUUUAGUAUUUGCGAUCAUAUCCUUCUUAUCAUUAUCCUGUAUUUUGUAUAUGUGGACUUUCUAUGAAACGAUGGAGGAUGAAGAUGUUGCUACGUUACUGGGCCACCCCUUCAACAUGACGUCGGAUUUUUGGCAUUAUCCCACGGCAAGAUCCGCAGUUUCCAAGCUGUUUACACCCAGGAAGCCUAUGCGCCAGUCAUCCUGCAAUUUUCCUACAACUCACAGUGUGGAUAGGGUUGAUAAUAUAUCCAGCCCCUUGGAAGCCGUAUAA